CCCACCUCUUCAGUGCUGGAUGUCUCACUGCCCUGGUCCUGGAGAAGGAGAAAGUAUCGUAAAAAUAAAGACUUUUGCCGACAUAACACAUCAGCGGCUUGCCAAAGGAGUUUCGUGUAGGAGUGGAGGAAUGUGAGAAACGGCGUUCUCUUCACAGACUUCAUGCACGUGCGUGAACCCGCCAGUCGAAUCCUUAAAGCAUACCAAGCUAGCUAAGACUGUCAGUGGACGAGCUAGUCGCUGCAAGACGUGGGGAAAAGCCGAAGGAUUUGUGUCCUUUUGUCAUUUUAGGAGCAUCUGGAUCAUUGCCACUCGUGCUUUGGGUUAUCUGGGCUCCAUCCAGAAGGUUUCCGAAGUAAAAGGACACGUUAUUUUGAGUCUAAAAAGAAGCUAGAGAAGGCCCGUUGGAUUGGGGGAAAUCAGUGGAGAGCAGCCAUCGCAGAAACGGGGAAAGGGAAAAUUAAUUAUUUCCAAACACCAAAUGAACACAUGGAGCUCUAGUUAUCAUAAAAUACGUAAUCCAUAUACAGAAUUUCGGCGUUUUGGUGGGGGAAUGGCAACCACGAAAACGAUACGCAUGCAGUUCGUGUAGUUGAAACAUUUUCGCUUGUCUAGCUUGCUAGCUAGCCACCUAGCUAGGCUGCAAGUAGGAAACGAGGAGAAACGGCCUUGUGGUGUUGAAAUGUUCAGAAUUAAACAAGACCCGUAUCUGCCUCAGUCAGCGUACCACAAGAAAUCCAAACGAGUCGUUUUUUCGAUCGGUUAUUCCUAUACGUAGGGUAAAUUCGUUCCGUGGCAUGAAAUUCUUUCCUCGUUCUUUAUUGGAAAGUUGAGGUUGGAGGCCUCAAGUGAUCAAUAUCUGGAUGGAUAAUAACCUUCAUUUUUCAUCUAGGACAUAAACCUUAGCUUGUAAAUUGGGGAAACCUACCCAAAUAUUUAAAACGCAUCGUUAUUGUAAAAUCAGGUGCAUUCGACCCGUUUACCCAGAGCUAUGAAAACACGCAUAAUGAACUUAUUGGCUACACAGCAAUGUUAUCAUUGAACUAUUGGGGUAGGCUAUAGGUUACAUUGUAACGACUUUGAAGAUGUAUAGCCUACAUGUCGCCGAUAGUUCGAAUAAUUUCGUGGAUCAAACGGAUCUAGAAUAGCUUGUUUCAGUUGAUUUUUGAUAUACCCUCUUCCCUGGACCAUUCUUUCGCGGGAAGAUGGGCUGCUUGGGGAACAGCAAGACUGAAGAUCAGCGAAAUGAAGAGAAGGCGCAAAGAGAAGCAAACAAGAAAAUUGAGAAACAACUUCAGAAAGACAAACAGAUCUACAGGGCCACUCACAGGCUACUACUUCUAGGUGCUGGAGAGUCUGGGAAGAGCACCAUUGUCAAGCAGAUGCGGAUUUUGCAUGUGAAUGGCUUCAAUGCUGAAGAGAAAAAACAGAAGAUUCAAGACAUUAAGAACAACAUAAAAGAGGCCAUAGAGACCAUUGUGGCUGCUAUGAGUACAUUGACUCCACCUGUCCAGCUUGCCUGUCCAGGAAACGAACGACGGAUUAAGUACAUCCUCAACUUGGUCAAUCAAAAGGACUUUGAGUUCACACCUGAGUUUUAUGAGCAUGCAAAAUGUCUGUGGCAGGACGAUGGAGUGAGGGCCUGUUAUGAGCGCUCCAAUGAGUAUCAGCUGAUUGACUGCGCACAGUACUUUUUAGACAAAAUAGACAUUGUGCAGCAGAGCGAUUACACACCGUCUGACCAGGAUCUGCUCAGGUGCAGAGUUCUUACCUGUGGUAUUUUUGAAACAAGAUUCCAAGUGGACAAAGUGAAUUUCCACAUGUUUGAUGUGGGUGGUCAAAGAGAUGAGAGACGGAAAUGGAUCCAGUGUUUUAAUGAUGUAACUGCCAUCAUCUUUGUAGUGGCCAGCAGUAGCUAUAACAUGGUCGUUCGAGAAGACAAUCAAACCAACCGCUUACAAGAAGCACUUAAUCUCUUCAAAAACAUUUGGAACAACAGAUGGUUGCGCACUAUCUCUGUAAUUCUCUUCCUGAACAAGCAGGACCUCUUAGCUGAGAAGGUCUUGGCAGCAAAAUCAAAGAUUGAGGAAUAUUUUUCAGAGUUUGCUCGUUACACCACACCAGAUGACGCAACCCCUGAGGCAGGGGAGGACCCACGAGUCACAAGGGCAAAAUACUUCAUCCGGGACGAAUUCCUGAGGAUCAGCACAGCAAGCGGUGAUGGCCGGCACUACUGUUACCCACACUUCACCUGCGCAGUAGACACAGAGAACAUCCGCCGUGUCUUCAACGACUGUCGAGACAUAAUCCAAAGGAUGCACCUCCGCCAGUAUGAGCUCUUGUGAUUAGAGGAGGUUGAGCAGCGGACUUUGAAAGAGCUCUUGCGAUUGGAGGAGGGUUGAGUCAUGGGCUGUCUAAGAGCUGAUUGGUCGAGGAGAGAAGAAUGUGACUCUCUCCCAUUACCUGCUGACUUACUCUCAUGCUGGGCCCACUAUACAUACCCACACUGUUGCCCAGGAAAACCUUGUCAGGGGACCAAAAAAAAAAAAAAAAAGCUCACAGCACCCAUGUGACGCAGACCCAUUUCAAGACUGGCUGCACACGGACCUUGAGACAAAGCUAAUUAAUAUGAUCAUCUGCACAAAUAGAUGCAACAUACAGACCUGACCACAAUUGCCCUGUCUGACAUAAAAUUAUGCACCUGCAAAGACAUAGCUCACAUUCUCUUGUCUUCUUGUAUUAGCUCGCCCUCUGAUCAGGGUGUGUGCCAUGCCACAUACAUACAGUCACAGCUAACCCUGGCAUUACUGUUGAGAGUUUUGAGCCAAUUUGUGAUGACCCCUUGGUCCUGUAUCACCUGACCAUGCCUGGCUAUUUUUAAUUGUCUGGAUCUGCUUGGUUGACCUCUUGCACAGAGACUAAUGGUUCCUCACUGAAUUGUGAAAGCGACAGGACAGACUACAAGAGGGACAUUGAGACAUGACCUUUCACAUGACUUGUUAGGUGCUUCUGGAAAGAUGAACUAUAAUGUUAGAAUGAUCACAGCUCUCCACUCCACAACCCCACUGCCUUCUUUGAUCAUCUAAUUUAAUGCAAAUAAUUUGAUUUGACAGCACUCUUGCUUCUGGGGGGGGGAGUUCAUGUAAAAGAGGGAAAGAUAGCUAUUGCCAAUAGAACACUGCUCUCUUCUGCCAUGUUUUCUCUUCCUCUCAUCAUCAACCCAGCUCCUUUUCCAGCCCUUUUCUCACUCUUGCUGUUUUUCCCCUCUUUCUUUCUCACCCUAUUUUACUGCUGGACUAUUAUUCUUGUACAGACUGUAAAAUGUAUUAUUUUGUACUUUAUUGAAAAAAAAGACUUGUAGAAGAUCCCUGUGCCUUGAUCACAACACUGCGUGGAAAAAAAGAGCUAAAGGUGUAAGGUAUGUGUCUGCGCUGUAUCGCUUGGCCUCUGAGCCAUCCUUCCCCUGGGGAAUCCGAGCCUGACUUUUUCUCGCUCCUUUCCAGAGCUGCCAUUUCUCUCAUGUUGUGUUAUUCCAGCUUGUUUUACAUCCAUGUGUCCCCAAAAGAGAAAUAAUAAGUAUAACAAAUAUGGAUGUAAAAACACUUCUAUUUCUCAGUUUUUAUAGAAUCAAAGAACUAUCACCUGUUUGUGCACUUUGUUACAGUAUGUUACAUCAACUGCAGUCCUUUUCCCAGAGGGUGAGGAUCUGCCUUACCAUUUUAUUUCAGUUUUAGCUUUAAGGUCAAAGGUGAUGGGAGAUGGGGUAACCAAAUGCAAAAUCUGGCUUGUUUCUACAUAAUUCCAUUUUUUCCUAACUAAAGAAGAAACAAAAGUAGUUUUGUUUGGAGUCAUUCUUGGCUGUUUCUGAAAGGGAACUGUAGGUGAUGGCGGAUUCGCAAAGUCAUUCUCUCUAACAAACUGAAAUGAUUGUGUAGCACAUAUCACACUGAAUGGUUGUUUAAUCAAUUUUGCAGGAUGUGUUGCAUUAAUAUGGUACCAUGGUUCAUUUAGUUGUUCUUUCCAGUUCUUUAAGUUUAUAUAGAGCAGAUGAGACCCUCACAGAUGACGCACAGGCUUUACCUAAUGCUACCCACUAGAUGGUAGCAAGCUACAAGUCACGUUGUCUGAGAAACAUCCAAUACAGUACAACCAUCUUUUGUUUUUAAGUUGGUGUUUCAAAACUACACUUCUACAUGCUGGUUUCGAUGUAUUCACACACUUGAAGAUGUGAAAUUAUUGCAAGCCUCUCACCAAUCAGUUAAUUUUAUUUAGUUCACAUGGAAACUAUGAAGUUUACAACAAGGUUCUUUGGAAAAGGGAUUCACUGAACACUUGGGAAAGUCAUUGAGAAGAAUUUCAAACAAAAGGCAAACCAGCAAUGAUCUUGCAACACUGUGGAUUAGGAAUUAAACCAAUAUAAAAGUUAACCAAUGUGAGAGGACCCUGGAGAUUUCAUGUACUGCAGUGUGUGAAUCUAUUGAACAGAUAAUCUGCAGUGCUUCACUUAGAGCCAGUUGGUGAGGAAUGUAUUUCGAAUUUCUGUUCUUUCCUGGUUACCUAUUCACUGAGCAAAAUGGGACAGAACACUUGCUUCACAAAAAUGUUUCUUUUUGGCCACAGGGUAUAGCAUAUAUUGGACUAAAAAAUAAAAGGCAUGCAAUGAAAAAGAAAGUAAGGACUUUUUAGGUCUAGUUGGUGGGAUUUUUUUUUUUUUUUUUUUACUCCUAUGGAGCGUUGAAUCUUGAAGCAUCCAUGCUUCAAGAUGCGCAUCAUUUCUGCAUGACAAUGUUAUAAAAACUGCUCAAAUGUCCUUUGUGUGAUAUUAAAUUGUGAUCAUGUGAUCACAACAUGCAUUGGCA